AGAUUUGCCGCACAGUUGAUCCGGGCAGUGUACGAGUGCUGCUGGGCCGCUGUGCUGCGCCGCGCCCCCACCUCUGCUGCUGAUAUACUGGGACCCGGUGUCUGCCUGCAGCAACCACACACACCUGCCGUCGGGGAGACAGGGAUAAAGUGGCGGACACUGCAGCCCUUGUUUAGGCUGCUCGUUUCUGGUUUUAAACAGCCGUGCGGAGGCAGCGUCAGCUCGCGUUAAAAGCGGUGCAGGCAGAUGAAGUUAGCCCGCCAGCUAACGUGAAGUGCAGCUAGUGAUGGCUCUGGAAAUAUUCUGCUUGCCCUUACGUUGUAGCUAGUUAGUCCAACGUGUGUACGUUUAAAAAAGCCAGUGUCCGUGAUGCCAAUUGUUGUCCGUCACGUCUCAGCAAUUUAAAAAACAACUAAUCGAGCUAAGUUAACAUUAGCCAUAACGAGCUAACGUUAGCGUUACACUGCCCCACUCUCAGAGAGUCUGAGGCCAUAUUUAACCAGGUUACCUGUCCGAUCUGAUCACCGGCAGCUAGUCCAGGUAACAUCUACACCUUACCAGCCAGAAACGUCCACGUGGAGAGUGUUUAAACUUAGUGUCAGCUCAUAUUUUAUCCACGAGUGAGCAUGGCUCCAAAGAAGAGACCAGUGCCCUUAAGCAUUGCUCCUCCUGGUGAUGGGUUAUCCACCUCCACCAACUCUGAUGUUACAUCUGAGGCCAAUUUAGAAGCACUUAAAAAGAUAUUGGAAGAGUUGGACCUGGACGAACAACAGAAGAAAAGGUUAGAAGCUUUCCUCACCCAGAAGGCCAAGGUAGGUGAGAUGAGAGACGACGACUUCCAUCGUAUCUGCGAGCUGGGCGCAGGCAACGGAGGAGUGGUCAACAAGGAGUGCCACAAACCUUCAGGAAUAAUCAUGGCCAGAAAGCUCAUUCACCUUGAAAUCAAACCUGCUAUCAGAAACCAGAUCAUCCGAGAGCUUCAGGUGCUGCAUGAGUGUAACUCUCCCUACAUCGUGGGCUUCUACGGAGCAUUUUACAGCGACGGAGAGAUCAGCAUCUGUAUGGAGCACAUGGAUGGAGGAUCUCUGGACCAGGUGCUGAAAGAAGCAAAGAGGAUCCCUGAAGAGAUUCUUGGCAAAGUUAGCAUUGCUGUUUUGAGAGGCCUUGCAUACCUAAGAGAAAAACACCAAAUCAUGCAUAGAGAUGUGAAGCCUUCAAACAUACUAGUGAACUUGCGUGGGGAGAUCAAGUUGUGUGACUUCGGCGUAAGCGGGCAGCUCAUAGACUCAAUGGCCAAUUCCUUUGUUGGAACAAGAUCCUACAUGUCGCCGGAGAGAUUGCAGGGGACCCACUAUUCCGUGCAGUCGGAUGUGUGGAGUAUGGGUUUGUCCCUUGUGGAGCUGUCAAUCGGACGCUUCCCCAUCCCUCCUCCAGAUGCUAAAGAACUAGAGGCCAUAUUUGGACGUCCCAUCUUGGAUGGUAGUGAGAGAGAGAUGCACAGCACUUCACCCAGACCCAGACCACCAGGUAGACCUGUCAGCGGUCAUGGUCCUGCAAUGGCCAUCUUUGAACUACUAGACUACAUAGUAAAUGAGCCCCCUCCGAAACUACCACAUGGCAUCUUCACAUCUGAUUUCCAAGAUUUUGUGACAAAGUGUCUCAUCAAGAAUCCUGCAGACAGGGCAGACUUGAAAAUGUUGAUGAACCAUAUGUUUAUCAAGCGGUCUGAGGCAGAGGAAGUCGACUUCGCAGGCUGGCUUUGUAAAACGAUGGGGUUGAACCAACCUAGAACUCCCACACGUACUGCAGACUGAACACGCACUCUCUUAUGCACACAGUAUGUACAUGUAAAAACAUGGAGAAGCUGCUGCAUAAACAUACACACUUUGUUUGCCACAUCCUCCCUCAGGUGAACCUCUGAACUCUCCUCCAUCUAUCAAAUGAACUCUGCUGUCAUGUAAGCCAGAUGAUCUCAUGCUAGGAAAGAUACUGUAUCUACAGUUUGCACCUUUUGUGGAAAAUCUGGACACAGGGAUCCUUUAAUCUAUAAAUAUUUCCUCUUAAAUCAAUGACAACAUAAUUAACAUAAUAAUAUUCAAAGUUUCUUGGCAACGUAGAGACCCGUGGUCAUCACUAAUUUGUGUUAAGUUCAGGAUUUUGGGCCUUUUUUUUUUUUUUUUUUGACUUAACAAACCCUAUAGCUAUUUGUUCAACCUUCCCCCAUCAUCCUUCAUCCAUACAGACAGACUGGAAAAGAUAUCCCUUAUAAGCAAAUUAAAAUGCAUAUAAUAGCUGUGUGAUUUUCUAACACGUUUAUUUUAAAGUUCUGCUUUUCUGUUUUCUCGUCUGAAUUCCUCGGAAGUGUUCGGAGGCUUACAGCACAUCUGUCCUUCCCAUUCAUUACAAUCAUGGUUAAGCUGUACAUGUGUACACGUACAGGCAGAUACAUAUAUGAAUUUAUAUGUGUCAUGCGAGCACAUUUGAGACAUGUUAGAAUAAGUUUAUUUUACUAAAACAGGUUGGGUUAUGCGUGUCUGUGUUAGCAAGAGGUGAUUGAGUAUAAGAGGUUGUUGGGUUUUUUUUGUUUUGUUUUUUUGUUUUUUUUUGGAGGGGGUUUUGCAUUUCUCGAUGUGACUGGUUUCUACAAAUUGUGAGAUGUCUUGAGGUGAAGCACAAUGUUUAAAACAUUUUAGCAUGACCCUCAUGUCAAAGCCAAAAAUAAUAAAAAUUUACAACCCUAAA